AUGUCUCCAGAGCUUUCAAUUGCCAAACUUCCACCACCGGCCGUGAUCGUCGAGGACGGGCCCACCACCCCGAUGGACGCGGCAGCUCCCAACGGACCCCCUUCUGCAUCGCAACAAAGUCUCCCCUCGACCGAACCUCCAGCGUCGCCUGCCGACCCUGAGCUGUCCUUCAAGACGGAGCGCAAUGACGAGCGCGCCGCCUCAGCCAGCUCUGUGAUUCCCUCCUCCCUGACGCCUCCUCCCUCCUCCCAGGUGCCUUCCAACGAUGGCGCCAGCAGGGCAGCCGCCGCCUCCCUUCGCCAGCGGAUGCUCUCUCCUCCCGUCACCGGCCUCCACUCCGUGCGGCCUAACUCGACGACACCCGCUGGGCACUACGCCGCACCGCGUCCCGAGCAGGUCGUUGCUGCACCGCCCGACGAGCUGCGUGCGAUGCUGCAGACCUGCAUCGCCGAGCAGUCACGCCUGAAGAUGGAGGCCGCGCACCACAAGCUCCAGUACCAGCUCCUCUCUGUCCGCGCGGACGAGGAUGCCCACCGUGCUGCUGUCGAGCAGGAGAUGACCCUGCGCCAGCUGCAGGCGCUGCAGCAGCAGAAGGCCGAGGCGCCCAGACGGGUGAAGCGGACUGCCAGCCCCCCCAGCCCCGACAUCACACCAGCCAUGUACGACUCCCUGCGGGCUCUGGCCGAGAAGGUGCGCAGAGACAACGAGAAGCUCCUCAGGGACUACGACGAGGCCUGCAAGAGGCUCAAGGCCGCCAAGAGGCUCAUCAUGCGACAGGAGGAGAGCAUCGACACCCUGCGCGAGGACAACAAGCUGCUGCGAGACCGCCUGCUCGACAAGCGCGAGCUAUGGGACAAACUCGCCAGCCCGGGCGGCAUGUUCCACACCCCCAAGACGGCUCAUGCAGCAUCGCCUGUCCAGCACCGACAGACUCCACGCCGGACCCCGAAGCACAGGGUCGACCGUGAAGCCCAGCCCUUUGCUGUCCUGCUCCAGGCCGCCACGCAGGAAAACAGCAGUGUACCCUCCACCCCCGUGACCCCGAAUCGCGCCAUUUCCACCUCAGGCCGCCACCCACUGAAGCACUCCCGGGGCGCGCAGUCCAUGUCCUCACUGCCUUCGACACCCAACAGGUCCCGGCCUCGGGGCGCUGACCUGCUGCCGCCGCCUGACCUCGUCCCCCACACCGAGCCCCCUCGACGGUUCGUCGGCCGAAGCUUUGUGCCCGACACCCCCGAGCGAGAGCUGAGCUUUGGGAGGACAACAGACCGGAUGGAGCGGGGUCGACGUCACAGCCGGGAGAGCACAAUCUCGGCAGAUGACAACGAGACGCUGGCUCGCGCAAACCUGGAGUCGGUGGCACAACAGGCAAACUCGUUUGUCUCUCGUGGGUCCCCCCCACCGCGGCCUCGUGUACCGCUUCCGACCUACCGCGGCCAGAGCGGCGGCGGUGGUGCUGGUGGUGCUGGUGGGGAGGAUGCGCAGAUCUAUGAGAGCCAGGCGAGCCAGGAGGCGACGUCUAUGCUCCGUCGUGACCCACGGGAGAGCUUUGAGGUGGCAAGCUCCCACGGCUCGAGGGAUGUGACGCCGACGCCGACGACGGCCGACAAGAAGCUGCAAUCGACCCUGCGCGGCCCACUGAACAAGCCGACCCUGACGACAUCCGCGAAACGGAAACUUGACGAGCAGCAGGGCAGGGAGCCGACGAGCCCGACCAAGAAACUACGAAUGGCGGGUGGGCUGAGAGAGGGCAACCCGCCCAUUGGACUUGGACUUGGGAUCCGAGGAGACUGA